CUGUGCGGGUACCGGAUGCGGCCGGGCCGGACCCGCCGCCCCCCACCCCCCCCCGCGCACGCGCGGUGCCGCCCCGGAGCCGCCGUCCAUCGGCGCGUGCGCGGCGCGCGGGGCCCGCGGUGCGCGGCGCCGUCCGGCCGCGCGGUGCAUUGUGGGCGCGGCCGAGGCAGUAAAAUGGCGGACCUGGCGAACGAAGAAAAACCUGCCAUUGCUCCACCUGUCUUUGUAUUUCAGAAGGAUAAAGCACAGAAGUCCCCUGCAGAGCAAAAAGCUUUGUCGGAUUCAGGCGAGGACCCCCAGGGAGAGGUUGAGCCCCUCCACCAUGGUGUGGGUCAGACAGAACCAGCUGGUGAGCGCGACUCUGAGCCCCCUGCUCCCACUGUGGCCUCAGUCAGUGCUGCCCUGAGUCCCGCUGCUGAAGCCCACCUUGCUCCUAUUCAACAAGAACUGGCAGGGAGAUCAGCAGAUGGAUCAAGUCCAGAAGAUGGAGAUGAAUCUGAUCGAGAGGAUGGAAAUUACUGUCCACCUGUAAAACGUGAGAGAACUUCAUCCUUAACUCAGUUCCCUCCUCAGUCAGUAACAAAGAACAAUGUCUUUAUGCCAUCAAGCUUCUGUGAACCCUCUACAGGCAAUUCUGACUCAGAACCAGAGGAGAAGAGCAGUGGAUUCCGGCUGAAGCCACCGAUACUUAUCCAUGGUCAGGCACCCAGUGCAGGUCUCCCCAGCCAGAAGCCGAAGGAACAGCAGCGCAGCGUGCUCCGUCCAGCAGUGUUACAGGCCCCACAGCCAAAAGCUUUCUCACAAAUGGUUCUCAGCAGUGGCACUAAUGGUGUAAAUAUCCUGCCAGAUUCUGCAGCCACAUCAGAAUUACCAAGUGAUGCAACACUGAAAAGUUCUGACUCUGAAGAGAAGGCAGGAGAAUGUCAGAAAAAGGAGUCCAACAAUACUUCAGAUAACAGCUGUGAGAAGGCUGAACUAAAUGCACAGCAAGCAUUUGUAUUUGGGCAAAACUUAAGAGACAGAGUCAAGCUGGGGGAUGAGAGCGACGAAAGCGCCGACGUGCAGAACUCUGGCCUGCCCACAGCAGAUACACCUUCUGCCACCAACUAUUUCCUACAGUACAUCAGUUCCAGUGUAGAGAACUCUACAAACAGUGCAGAUGCAUCGAGCAACAAGUUUGUUUUUGGACAGAACAUGAGUGAGCGAGUCCUAAGUCCACCAAAAUCAAAUGAAGGUAGUACAGAGAGUAAUAAGGAGAAUGCUGCUACAGAGUCUGGGUCUGAAUCGUCCUCUCAGGAGGCCACGCCAGAGAAAGCUAAUAAUAUUUCAGAAUCACUGGCAGAGUCUGCAGCAGCCUAUACUAAAGCAACAGCAAGGAAGUGUUUGUUAGCCAAGGUAGAAGUGAUUACUGGGGAGGAAGCUGAAAGCAACGUCCUACAGAUUCAGUGCAAGCUGUUUGUAUUUGAUAAAAGCUCUCAGUCUUGGGUGGAGAGAGGUCGAGGACUCCUGAGACUCAAUGAUAUGGCCUCAACAGAUGAUGGAACGUUACAGUCUCGACUGGUGAUGAGGACUCAGGGGAGUCUCAGGUUAAUCCUAAAUACCAAGCUCUGGGCCCAGAUGCAGAUUGAUAAAGCCAGUGAGAAGAGCAUCCGGAUCACUGCCAUGGACACAGAGGACCAGGGAGUCAAAGUUUUUCUUAUAUCAGCAAGCUCUAAGGACACAGGGCAGUUGUUUGCUGCUUUGCACCAUCGCAUCUUGGCCUUGAGGAGCAGGGUGGAGCAGGAGCAGGAGGUUAAGAAUGUAGCACCUGAGCCAGAGGUAACACAGUCAAACGAGGAAGACAGUGAUGAUGAUGUCAUUGCACCUUCAGGAGCAGUUGGGAGUGGUCCUAAUGAUGAAGGUGAUGGGCAGAACGUUGGCAGCACAUAGCAGAUGUGAGCCAACCUGCUUGCAAGGCUGCUAUGAACACCAUCUUGCAGGCAUCUCUGGGUACCCCAGGCCAGCGAUUAUUUCAGGCAGUGUCGAAGGCUCCAGGACUAAAGAACUGUGCAUCCCUGUUCUGUUUGUUUGAUUUUUUUGGUCUGGAUCAGUAGAUUCCACAAAAAAAAAAAAAAAGCAGACUUGGAAACUACCUGAAUGUGGUUUGGGACGUUGAAAGCUCAUCAUAUUGAUGAGCAAAAAAAAAAAACAAAACAAAAAAAAAAAAAACAAACACAAAAAAACCCCAACCCCAGAACAAAACAAAAAAAAUCCCCCAGCCAACCCCAAACAUUUCCCCCUCUUCCUUGUAAUUAAAAUGGCACAUUACAGCUUGUCACAGCUUUUCAUUGGGACCUUUUGACUGUUUCUUCAGUAGUUGUGUCUUGCAGGCGCCUCCGAGGUAGAACUUUUCAAUGCGGUUCCAACUCGAAUUCUGCUUUUGCAGCCUCUGCUCCCCCUUGUGCAGGGAAACCGUGUCCUCACCAGUUCCUAUGCUCACUGGCUGCCCUUUUGGGUCUCUUCUCUUUUUGGACUGCAGAUGGGGCAGGUUAUGUUUUUACCUUUCAAUCCCAGCAGAGGUUGUGGACACCGUUGUUCCCUGUCUCGUGGGUUUGUAAACAGAGAGAAACAAAACCUUGUGGUUCACCAGAAAAGCUUUUUUUUAACGCAGUAAUAAGAGACUUCAAAGCCCGCAGGAUGUUUUGCUAACUCCUUUCUUUCUUCCCAUUUCAUUAUUAUUAUUUGGGGAUUUAUAUUGUGGUGAAACUUUUUUUAUUUUAGUUUUUUUCAAUAAGAUGCUCUUGUGUGUUGAAAAAGUGAAACUAUUGUUUUGUACUGUUCUGUUACUAUUUAAGGGAGAGCUAAGCCACUAUAAAUAAUAGAUGUUGCAUACAAUUUUUCUUAGAAAAUUAUGUUUCUGUGGCUACAGUAAAGUGUAGGAGGCAUACAGGUUACACCUUCAGAAAAGUUGAUGAGGAAAUAGCUGUUAGCCCUUGGAAGAAUAAAAUAGGCUCAUGUAAUGAGCUCUGCCAGCCAUUAAAAUAAAUUGUAUAAUAAAGCAGCUCAUUUAAUGGCUUGAUUCAACAAGCCAUUUAAGCACUUGCCUGACUUAACUACAUGUGAAUAAUCUUACUGAAGUCAAUGCAACUCUUCAUGCUUAAAGUUGAGGACAUUUUUAAAUAUCUUGCUGAAUUAAUGGCCUUAAAUAGAAAAUAUAACUUCUAACCCUUCCUGUCCCUGUUCUGUUUCCUUUUUCCCUGUUCAGUCUUGCAGCAUGAAGAAAAAGGUAAUACUGCCAGCCUUGAGUAGUUUGGGCUGAAGGUUAUUGUAUUCUGUUCCACCAAAAUAAAAGCAAGAAUGUGUUUUCCUGUGUGUAAUUCUGAAGUACUCCUACUGUAACCAUAACUCUUUUUUUUUGUUUUGUUUUGUUUUUUAAUCUUUUGAGCUUUUCGUGUGAAAGUUGAGUUUUAUUUUGUUAUUAAAACCUACAGUAUGUUCUUGUCCAGCAAAGUUGGAAUUUGGUAGUCACCAACGACAGUGACCGGAUCACUUUCACUAUAAAUUCCCCAAAUUGUUCUACUUUCUUUAUAAAUAGUUUACUGGCAGAUAAUUUCUCACUUGUCCUUCUUGUUCUUCUGUAGGUUAAGGAGAUCUAAAAUGCACCACUUAAAUGCUUCUUCCCCUUUCAUUUUCUUUUAAUGUAGCACGAAUUGAAAAUGGAAACUCAGGUUAUAGCACAAAAUCAACUUUGAAAUUGAAUAUUGAAAUAGCAGAACAAUCCUUAUUGCCUCUGUUUUAAUGGAACAUACUUUUCACUGGCAGUCAAAAACAAGUUUUUCCCUUUUAUUUGUUGUUAACCAUCGUUGGAGACUGAUGCUGUUGGGGCAGGGAGUGCUUUGCUUUUCCUGAUAGCCAGUUGAAAGGAACAUCUUGGAUUACUUUUCUGGGAAGUGAAAAGGGCUAAUGAUAAGCUGUGCCACUGCAUCUGUGAUUUCUUUGGAUUUGCCUGCUCAUACCUUCUUGCACUUUGGGGGUCUUUUUUCUCCUUAGCAUUAUGGGGGUUUUUAACAAUGCACAGACCUGUUGCUGCACCCCAAACCAUGCCAUGCUCUCACAGGAGCACAGCACAUCCUUCAGCACCCACCUCACAACUGUUUCUGCAUCACAAGGUCUGGGGGACUUCUGUACUUUCAAGUGAGUGAUCUGCAUUUUGGAUCUGGGAUCUUUUUAUGUUAUUAAGGUGCUCAGAUUGAAACUACUCUUUUCAAACACCCUUGAACCAUAAAGCUGCUUCUUGUCAGCAGGUUGUUCAUAAAGGAAAUUAAUAAGGUCUCUUGGUGAACAGGUCUAUUUGUGGGGAAAAACAGGCAUUGUUUCCUGUCCCAGACUUCAUGGGGUCUAUGCUGAGUCUCACUUUGAGGUAUUUUACCUAAAAUGCAAUUGGUGGUGCAUGAAGAUUGAAAAAAAUGAAAUAAGCAUGCUUGCCUUGAUGGGCUUUGGUGGUACACAAUCACCUAGAGCAUUCUAAAAACAUCAGCAACUAUUUACUGAUGCAGAUUUCAUUUUAGCUAGAAGCUUUGCAUACAUGUUUAUAGUGAAGAGGGAAAUGUUACUGUGCACCCCUGACAGAAUUGGCUGUGGGUUUAGUUCAGGCCCUGCCCAGCAAGAUGUAGUUAGGCCAAAGCAAAGCCCUGACUUAGCUCUCUGCUUUAAGCCUUAGUAAACCAGUGACAGGCAAAACCAGAUAGUGCCCAUGUGACUCAAAAGAUCUCUAUAACACUGUCAUCCAAAUGUACAUGGGAACUACAUUAAAACCUGUGCCAGGCAAGCAAACAAAACACCCUGAGCCCUGUCUUGUGUUUCCUGUCCUGGGCAGUGGCUGUCCAAGGGAGGGUGGGGACCAGCUCUGCUGCCUUCCCCUGGACCACACUCCUGCUCCAUCCUUAGGUCUGUGGAUAACUUAUGGAUGGGGUUGGCAAUUCUUGUGUAGCCUGUUCUGGCUGCUGACCCACAUGGCCACGGCCUUUCAGGUUUUCCAGGGGGAGAAAAAAGACACUGAAGAGUGUAAUAAAGUUGAGCCCAUUUGAUGAUGAGUCAACAGUGUGCCCUGGCAGCCAGGAGGGCCAUGGGGGGCACUGGGCAUAGAUGGCAUUGCCACCCAUCAAGGGAGGGGAUUGUCCUGCUCUGCUCUGCACUGUGGCAGCCUCACCUUGAGUCCUGUGUGCAGGUUUGGGCACCACAAUAUAAGGGAGACAUGAAGCUCUUAGAGACUGUCCAAAGGAGGGCAGUGAGGAUGGUGAAGGGACUGGAGGGGAAGCCUUAUGAGGAGUUGCUCAGGUCACUUGGUUUGUUCACCCUGGAGGAGACCGAGGGGAGACCUCACUGAGGUCUUCAACAUCCUCCUGAGGGGAAGUGGAGAGGCAGGUACAGAUCUCUUCACUCUCAUGACCAGUGACAGGGCCUGAGGGAACGGCUGGAGCUGAGUCAGGGGAGGUUUAGGUUGGAUUUCAGGAAAAGGUUUUUCACCCAGAGCGUGGUUCAACAGGCUUCCCAGGGAAGUAAUCACAGCACCAAGGCUGUCUGAGUUCAAGAAGCAUUUUAACAAUUCUCUCAGUCACAUGGUGGGAUUGUUGGGGUGUCCUGCACAGCACCAGGAGUUGGACUUGAUCAUCCUGAUGAGUCCCUUCCAACUCAGCAUAUUCUGUGAGUCUCUGAAAAUGUUGCUAGAGUGGUGGUGUCACUGAAGCCAGAAGUAAACCUCUUAUCCAUAAAAUGAAAUAUAAAAUUACACCCUCAGGAAAUAUAAACAUUAAGGUAAGGAAAUGUGUAAUUACAACAUCUUUCUGUUGUCCAGUUCCCGCUGCUUCAGAGAAGACAGGGCAGGAAAUGAUCUAAAUAAAUGAGUCCUCAGCCAUCCUCCACUGGAACCAAGUUGGGAGGUGACCAGACCUGUUAGAAGCCUGCAGGAAUUAAAAAGAACCUCCAGCUUUGUAAUGGAUUCUCCCUGUUCCCAGUUGAAAUAUCAGUUGAUUCCAUUGCUUGGGUAUUCCUGCUAUGAAAUGACUGUUCCUAACAUGUCCCAUUCUGCAGUUCAACUGGCCUCUUGCUCUCCCAGUGAGUGUAGAAAAUGGUUUAUUUCCUUUCUAGAAACAUGUUACAUAUUUGAAAAUUUUACCAUGUUUCCCCAUAAACUUCUCUAGUUUUAGGAAUUCCAGUUAUGAUAAUUGCCAUAAUUUGUCAUACAAGAUUUCAUUAAACUGACUUUUCACUGUG